CCGCCCCUCCUGCUCCACGCGCGCGCGUACGGCCGCCUCUAAGAGCGCGAGCCGGGGACUAUGGCGUUGGCGAAAACGGGCUACAGGCAGUACUUGCUGCUCCUAGCUCAGCAGAACGUAGAAUUCCGGUUGCCGGAAAUAAAGUCUUUGCUUUCCCUCUGUGAUGGAAGGUUCAGCAGUUCACAAGAACUGAGAUUAAAGAGCCCGUUUUGGAUUCUUGAUUUGCCUUCUGAAGAGAUAGCUAGAAGACUAAUGAAACGAACAGUAUGUGCAAAAUCAAUAUUUGAGCUGUGGGGUCAUGGGAAAUCUGUAGAAGAACUGCAUUCUUCGCUGAAGAAUUAUCCAAUAGAGAAAAUGGCCCCAUAUUUACAGUCCAACCUCACCUACAAAAUAAUAGUCCAUGCUUUCAACAAAACGCUAACACAAGCGGAGAAGAUUCAAAGAAUAGAUUCUUUGCAGUUUUUACCAUUUAAAGGACGUGUAGAUUUAAAUAAUCCAGAUCAUACAUUUUGGUUUCUAGAAGAUUAUGGAAUUUAUCUAGGCAACAGUACAGAACAGCCUAUUAGCUUGUACUUUGGAAGAUGGAUUGCCAAUGGACAAAGGGACCUUAUUGAAUCUUACAGUGUUAAAAAAAGACAUUUUAUUGGGAACACGAGCAUGCAUUCCGGCUUGGCUUUUAUCAUGGCAAACCACGGAAAAGUAAAACCAAACAAUAUUGUGUUUGAUCCUUUUGUGGGAACAGGUGGACUUCUUAUAGCUUCUGCGCACUUUGGAGCAUAUGUCUGUGGCACAGAUAUAGAUUAUAAUAUAGUACAUGGGUUAGGCAAAGCUAGUCGAAAGAAUCAAAAGUGGAGAGGACCUGAUGAAAAUAUUAGAGCCAACCUUCGCCAGUAUGGUUUGGAGAAAUACUACCUUGACAUAUUUGUUUCUGAUGCAUCAAAACCCAUAUGGAGGGAAGGAGUGCAGUUUGAUGCAAUCAUUACAGACCCACCAUAUGGCAUUCGGGAAGCCACCAGAAAAAUUGGUUCACUGCGGGAAACACCAAAAAUGAUUGAAAAAAGCACUGAAAAUCAUAACCUAGUUUCUUCAAAUUAUCAGCUGAGUGAUAUAAUCUUUGACCUAUUAAAAUUUGCGGCAAAGUAUUUGGUUCUUGGAGGAAGAUUGGUCUACUGGUUGCCUGUGUACAAACCAGAAUAUACAGAAGAGAUUAUACCUCAGCACCCUUGCCUGAAACUCGUUAGCAACUGUGAGCAGACGCUUUCCAACCACACAUCAAGAUACCUGAUAACCAUGGAAAAGGUGAAAGAAUUUGAGGAGGACGACUAUAAUUCUCACAUAUUGGAUAGCCAGUAUCUGCAAUACAAAUGUCAUGAUUCCUUUCGUGAGAAAUAUUUCAGUGGAGUGACGAAGAGGAUUGCCAAGGAAAAAAAAGACAGCCAAAAGUAAUCUGUUUGGAAAGGAAAAAAUGAAAGCAAGGAACGCACAAGGCUUGUAUUUGGCUAUUAGAACAUCUGGACCUCUACAUUAUGUAGAAGCUUCAGAGAACAAAUACUGUUUUUAAUUUUUUUAAAACUCAAAGCAAAAACCACAACAUAAGUGAAGGACAGUUCUUUUUCAUUAACUUUGUUUAUACCAGAUUAUUGCACAAGCAUUUUUUUGACCUUUAUUUAAUUUAUUUUAGGACUUCAAGUUCUAAUGAUAAUUGAUUACAACCUUUAUCACUAUUAGUCUUUCAGUCUAUUACCUCUAGCAAAAAUGAAGACUAUUGUUUGGCCUUUUUUUUAGCUGUGAACAUCUGGAAGUCUUAGGAAUAAUACAAUGGUAUUUUGGUUUUAAUUUUUUUUUUACUGUUGUGAAGAUCUGUUUCAUUUUCCUUUAUUCUUUUGUAACUGCCAUACAAUAAAUUCAGAAAAGUUUCUUCUGAAUUUUAAAAUUAUAUUGUCUCUCGCAGCAAUUAUCAUUUCUUACUGCCAUUUCUAGAGCCAAUACGCCCUCUUCCUUCCUGUCAAGGAUUCAGUGUGGUAUUAUACAUCUGAAGCUCAUCUAUAUCUUGGAUCUACUAUCACUUUAAAUAAGCCCUGGUGUUGCUGCUUUUGGUAUUUGUGUUGCUAUUUUUAAAAUGAUUGUUAUGGUUGUUGUUUUUUCCUCUUGUUUGUUAAUCAAUUUUAUGCCACUAUAGUAAGGCAGGUUGUGACUAUUAGAAAUAAUGAAGUUUCCCUUCUACUAACUGAUCUAUGGCAAAUUUGUUUCCUCUGUUCUUUCUUAAAUAUCAGUACCGUAUUUUUCGGAAUAUAAGACGCACCUUUCGCCCCUCAAAAGUGGAUGAAAAUUUAGGUGCCUCUUAUAGACCAAAUACAGUUUUUUUGGGGCUCCCAAGCCCUCUGUGCGUUGUGUUUUUGCCCUCCCCGGCCCACAGAAGCACUCUGCAGGCCAAAAACAUAUCUGCUUUUGGCAAAACCGUACCCGUUUUUUGUGAAAAUGGGCCAUGCGGAGCACUGCAGAGUGCUUCUGGGGGCCUUGGAGAGCGAAAAUCCAACGCACAUAGGCCAAAAACUAUUUUUUUUCUUGUUUUCCUCCUGUAAAUUUAGGUGUGCCUUAUAGUCCAGUACGUAUUAUAGUCCAAAAAAUUAUAUUAUAGUCCUACAUUUGUGAUGAUCAUAAACUUGUUAAAGGUGUAGGGUGGAGGGAGGAGAGGAUGUAGAUAAGAGAAGGAGGGGAAGGUCUGGAAAGUAGAAGAAGGUAGAAGAGGGAAGAGUGUUAAAAAGGGGGGUGGUGACUGGGCAAACCCGACUAAUUGUAUAUAACUGUACAUUGGAUGAGCUGUUUGAUAUGAUUGUAAAAA